AUGGCGGGCCGCAGAACCGGAGGGACCACUCCGGACGGCUCGCAGGCAGCAGACACAAAAAGCAGCGAGCAGAUCGACAGCAUGCGGUCUGAGAUCAGUUCGCUGACACAGCAAAUGGGCCAGCUGGUGCAGCUGGUCGGAGGACUUGCUGCACGUAUAGAGGAGAAGUCCGGCGGUGCCACGGAGGGCGCCGCUGAAAGCGGCGGCGCCAUGGAGAGCGUCGCCACAAGCAAUGCAGGUCAUUUUGGGACCGUGCAGUACGACGGCGCAGGCAGCGGACCUGCGAAGAGAGUCUGGUCCUUCGGGACGACACAGCGGCGAAGUAGGGGGUUCAGACCCCCAAGAGGUGAGAGUAGCCGCUGCUCACAAUCGAGCUUGUUUUAGCAGCGCCAUGGGAAGUGGUGACUGCUGUCUUCGGUUGUGCGAGCGUGGGAUACCAAAGCGUGAAGUACACAGCGCCCACGUUCAGCGGAGACGCCAAGAUUUUUUCUUCGUGGCUAGAGGAUUUUUUUAUGGCAGCGAACACAGCAAACCUUCUUGAGCUUUUCGAGGAGGGGGGGGCGGAGAUCCCCGUAAACAGUGGGCAGAGCAAAGUCCAACUGUCCAGGUUUUACCCGCACGACAAAGUAGAGCUCGCUUUCCACGCGUGGAAUUUCCUCCGUGGAGCUCUCAAGGACGAGAAAGACAGGACAAUAAUGAAGCGAGCUGAGUCGCCCC